AUGGUCACCUGCUCGCCCUGCCGCGUCCAUCUGGCUGCAGCACUGUGGCCGGACUCUCUCGUGGCGGGAUCGAGCCGGCGGGCGGGGCACCGCCUUCCCGCUGCUGCGAUUUGCGCGUCCGCAAGCGAAUUCCAAGCUCCGAGUAGCCCCCAGGACAGUGCCCGGCACCAGACGGUCCCAGUGAACGUGGGCUACGGUCGCCUGGUGGGUGCCCUGGAUGCAGUGCUGGAUUCCAACGCCCGGGUCGCCCCGUUUCGGAUCCUGCUGCAGGUCCCCGGCUCCCAGGUGUAUUCCCCCAUAGCAUGUGGUGAGUUACUGAGUGGAUCGGACGUUUACUGGGCCAUAGCCGCUGGUGCCACGUUGGAGGAAAUAAACCAGCAUUGGGACUGGCUGGAGCAAAAUCUCCUCCACACCUUGUCCGUCUUUGAUAACAAAGACGACAUUGCCAGCUUUGUCAAAGGGAAGGUGAAGGCUCUCAUUGCCGAGGAGACGAGCAGCAGGCUGGCCGAACAGGAGGAGGAGCCCGAGAAGUUCCGCGAGGCCCUGGUGAAGUUCGAGGCCAGGUUCAACUUCCCGGAGGCCGAGAAGCUGGUCACCUACUAUUCCUGCUGCUGCUGGAAGGGCCGGGUGCCCCGCCAGGGCUGGCUGUACCUCAGCACCAACCACCUCUGCUUCUACUCCUUCUUCCUGGGCAAGGAGCGUAAGUGAGGGGUGGUGCGGGCCUUCCCAGGUGGAGUCAGCCCCGGGAUGCUUAGCGCUGGUCCUGAGACAAAGCAUCACGUGAACAGUUAGAUGACAAAAGAUUUAACAAGUGGUUGAGAUGAGAACGGGUGAUACAUGAUUAAUUUCCAAAUGGCUUGUGCACAGAGUCAUGUCAUAUUGCAUGUGCCACUGCCACGAGGAGGUUUGACUUUCUGAGAAUUCACUCUUCCCUCCUGCCUUAAGGGACAUUUCUUUGUAGCUCCCUUCACACAGCUGUUGAAGGGUUUUUGCUACUAUGUAUCGCUUUGAAAAGUGUCGGACCAAUGGCCCAGUAGUUCUAAAGGAAUAGGGCAGGUUGCUGCCUUGGAACCCAGUGGGGGCUGUUUAAAGAAUUCCCAGGCCUGAAGGUCACGCCUGCUCCUGGAAGGAGAUUCCUCACCUGGGUCCACCUGAGAUCCACCUCUCCCACAUUUGUGUACCUACAGUCAUUGUACUAGGAAUAGGAGUCCAAGGUGAAACAGGAAAGCUCAGUUGUAUUUGAUUUUUUUUUAAGAUUUAUUAUUUUUUUAUUGUUUCCCCCCCACUUUUUUUUUUUUAAUGGAGGUACUGGGGAUAGAACCCAGGACCUAGUGCUUGCUAAGCAUGCGCUCUACCACUGAGCUAUACCUUCCCCUCUGAAAUUCUUAAAGUCAUUCCCAUUGAAACUUCUCCUGGAACAAACAUUGUUUGAAGUGCCCACCCAGAGCGGCAUAUAUGCUGUAUUUGUGUAUAUAUACAUACAUAGUUUUUUUCCUUCCUGGGUGUAUGUUUAUAUUUCAAGUUGAACCAGUGGGUGGGGCUCCUUGAACUCUGCUGUGCCCAGCGUCCCGCAGGUGGUCAUCCCUUGUUGUUCCCUGCGCCACCAGCCUGGUCCUCACGCUCCAGGACACACGUCCUGUUUGCACAGCCUUCCCCACCCUUGCGAUGUGCUCUCACCUAACGGCCGUCCUCGCUUCUCCGCUUUCUGAAAUGCUUCUCAAAAUUUACACCCUGUUUUUCCUUCCCUUCCCCAUUCAUAAGGCAUCUGGAAACUCUUGUUCCUCUUUGAAAAUUCAGUUCAGAUUUUCUCACCUCCGGGAAGCCUCCCCUGGUCCCCGGGUACUUUGUGGUGUGUUUGCAUCUCUGUUUUGGGUCAAGCUCGUGGCUGUUUAUUU